UUAUUAACGAAUUCGAAAUUCAUUUGCAAUAUGUUGUGGCAUCAACUAAUUAUAUUCGCCAUUGUGGCCCUGGCGUGCACCCAGCUGCACAUGGCUAGCAGCCAAUCAGCUGGCGCCAUCAUCUGUCCAAAGAACUUCACCCUGGUGGGCGAGAAGUGUCUGCUUGGAGUGGGCAAUGUGUUCAACUGGUACGAGGCCGAUCGCAAUUGCCGCACCAAGGGCGCCGGAGUGCUUAGCCUGAGCAGUGAUAAGGAAUUGCAGUUGGUCACCGAUUGGCUAAAUAAAACCAUGCAGUUCACCCUGGAGCUGUGGACCUCGGGCUCCAAGCUGGGCAGCUCCAGCGUCUACUAUUGGCAGAGCACCGGCCAGCAGGCGCGCUAUCUACCCUGGGCCACAGGCCAGCCCAAGCCAACAAGCGGCGACUGCCUGAUGCUCAGUGGCACUAGAAACCCCACAUCCGUCACCAACUAUCGCCUGGUGGUUCGCAAUUGCGCCGAAUGGGCGGCUUCUGUGUGCGAAGUGGUGCCGGCCAAAAAUGCGACCACACGCAUCUGCCUCAAGCCGAGUGCCUACGAAACGGUUCAAGUGAUUGGAAAUUAAAUAUAGAAAUGUAGGACUAU